AUGGACGAAUUCCUGUCCACUCCACAGCACCUCAGAGGCACACGUGGCGCGGAUAAGAUGGCGCCCUCCUCCCCGAGCACCAGCAGUGUGGCAGGCUCCAUGAACGACACACCUGGCACUGAUGCACUGACCCAAAUGUCGAUCGACCUGGCUGCUAUAUCCGCCAACAUGCUCACCCGCGGGGACAAAACGGCCCUGGUUUCGGAGUUGCGCUCUGUCAUCCGGGAAGAGAUUGCCGUGGUGCGCAGAGACCUAACGGCACUGGAACAGAGGGUGGAUGAUUUGGAGGAACACCGCCUCCACGCCACACACCAUCAGCAAGCUGCAGAUUUGGCAACCGCACGGCAGGGGUAA